UUUAAUUGUGUCAAGCAUAUUAAACUUGGAAUUUUUCCGCUACAGAUUUGUAAAAAAGAUCAUGGAGUUAAGAACUUCGAUAACUUUGAUUAUGUUUUCUUGAUUGCGUUAUGUGUAUGUGUUAAAAUCCAUAUAGCUGUGCUGAUAGAACUUGAGGCAAGAAAUAAAACAUGCCAUAAAAAAUGUUUGUGACAGUCAAUGUCCUCAUUAUAUUAAUCAUGUUCAAGGACAAGUGACAGCAGUCUUGCCAUGAAUUAUUCCCCCGCAGAAAAUCGAUGAAAAUUAUAACGAGAGCAUUAGAAAGCUGGUGAUCACAGGAAACAGGAAAUACCAGUCACAUAUUCUAUUUUAUAUGUUCGCGGUGACCAUGACAACGGAUAUUCACGCCCUGCAGAGGGAGUAUGCGUCCCAGAAGCGACAGCACAAAAAACAUCAGCAUAUCAUAGUCACGGGGUCAGUUAACGACGUCCAGGGACAGUCCAGUAUCAGAUCUGAACUUGCAGAGAACAAUUCUAGGGUUGACCCCCUCACCAUAACAACCAUCUCUAUAGAUACUGGCAAUACUUUUGACUUCUUGGAUUCGAUUACUCCUCAGGUAAUUGGAGAGACAAAAUGCAUUCUUGUUCAACAAACAAAAUACAAAGCCACGAGUCAUGUUCACAAAGAAGCGGGUACUUCUCAGUCUCAAACAUCAGCAUGUGGACGUAGACGGGCAAAAAUCCUGAAGGGGCGUAAGGGUCGUUCGCUGUCUGUCCCUGCAGUCAUAAAUGAAGAACGCCUAAGUGUCGACCUUACAGAAGGUGUAACGAGUGCGGUCAGUGAAGAUUUAAAAACCCGUUCUGAACUGGAAAACACGAGUGCGGUCAGUGAAGAUUUAAAAAACCGUUCUGAACUGGAAAACGAUACCAUUUGUGGGAAAGUGCCAGAGAAGACUCUGGACACAAUUAUAAAUCCAGAGGAGAAGGAUACAUGUGCAAAUAUAGAUGAUGAUGUAAUUGCUAACAACAAUCAAGAUGAGUCGGAGCAGUCAUGUAGCCUAGAAAGUCAGAUAUCUGACAAGUGCUCUAUAAAUGACAAAGAAGGAAUGCAGUGUCAAAUAAAUGAAGAUUAUGGCGAACCGACAGAUCAAACGACUAAAACAGAUCACGGAGCCAUAGAUGAAGUUCAUGGAAACGAAACUGAUGGACACGACAAAAAAGAUUUGAAUAGAUCUGGAGCUUUUGACAGUGACACGGCAUGUGAAACAAAAGACGAUCUUAAUCAACAGCGUCUUAUUAGCAAUCACUUGAGAACUGCUCGAUCACUCCCGAGAUUUGCAAGAUCCUUGUCGUACAACUUUGAGCCGACCGUGCAGAAACACGACCUCAAGGUGAACUCGGAAGUAAAGGCAAAUAUCUACCAUCACUUUAACACGAAAAAACGGCAUCUGAGCAUUACUUCUGAAUUCGGCUCUCACACUAAUGAUCACAGUGCAGACGCGAGGAUUUUAAAUCCAUUUCCUGUUCAACAUUUGAAUAAAAACAAAAUAAAGGCUGGUGCGAAACUGGGUUUGUACAAAAAUGAAAAAUUAAAGUGAUAUAUCACUUCUCAUGACAUUGACUUAAAUAUUAAUGUUUAAUUUAUUAAUUUAUUGGAAUUAUUCUCAUAUUUGUGUUGCCGUUAGUGACAUAGAAGCAUGCAAACGUAUAUUAUUAUAGCUGUGUACUACUUGAUUUCGUUAAAUCGUGUGUUCUUAUUUAUAGUAUCGAUAAGCGUGGAACUGAUCCCAUCAGCAAUCCUAAAUAAAGUGCAAUACAUAAAAGAUACGUUUACAAUUUUGGGAAAAAAGCGUCAUUCAAUAUCCCGUCAUUAAGCCAAAGCUAUAUUUCAAUAUUUCGGAACGGUGACCUUGAAAUCAACCAUCUGUGCACACUCCUAUUAGGUCUGUAUACGAGGUAUCUAUUUAUAAAGUUUUAUAUCAACAUCUUAAUUUGUAAUAAAGAUUCUGAGCAGAAAACGUUUAUUUUCCAGUUUUGCUGUGACAUUACUUACAGUGACGACAUAUCCCUAGAUAAAUCUGUAUAUUAAGUAUUCAUGCAAACGGUUUCAUAAAUCAUUUCACAAAUUAUUGGGGGUUACCAUCAUGUUUAUUUAUUUUAAUAGUUACAUAUUAUUUUGUUUGUGAUGCACUUGUUUUCUUUGUUUGGAAUGUAUCUAGUUUAUGUGUGAUAUUUAUACAUGUACAACUUUAUAUCCUGUAUAAAUGCGUCC